CUCAAUUGCAAUUUGUGAGUAGAUGUCCAAGCGGUGGCAACAUGGACUUCUCCACUGUGCUCGAAAAAUGCGGAGACUUUGGGCGAUUCCAACACGUGAUCUUACUCUUGUACGGCUAUACGAAUAUACUCAGCUCCCUGCACUACUUUUCACAAACUCUUAUAACAUUUACUCCAGAGCAUUGGUGUUACCAUGACGACCUGCAGCAUUUGAAUAUGUCAGAAGUUCGCUCGAUAUACGCAAAUAUGACCAAUAAAUCUUGCACAUUAUUGGAGGGAGUGGUCAAUGGAACGGCUGUUGCAGCUGAGACUGGUCGGUGCCAGGAUUGGAUAUUUAAGCGUGAACAAGGCUACGAAAGUGUCACAACUGAGCUCAAAUGGGUUUGCGACAAAUCGCAUCACUCGGCCGUCGGUCAAUCGUUCUUCUUCAUUGGCUCAGUUGUGGGCACCGUGAUAUUUGGAAACCUCUCAGACCGCAUUGGACGUCUGCCAGCAUUGCUGCUGGCCACAAUAGCAGGAGCAUCAGGAGAUUUCCUCACCUCGUUUGUUUACAGUUUUCCAUUAUUUGCGUUUUCACGUUUUGUUUCCGGCCUCUCCACCGAUACCAUGUACUAUUUGAUGUAUAUUUUAGUGUUCGAGUACCUGAGUCCCAAACGUCGCACCUUUGGUCUCAACAUUAUACUCGCCUUCUUUUAUUGCUUCGGAUUGAUGACUUCCCCCUGGGUGGCCAUUUGGAUUGGCAACUGGCGCCACUACCUCUGGCUAGCUUCGUUGCCCGCCCUCGGGGUGCUCGCCUACCCGCUGUUCAUCUGCGAGAGCGCCCAGUGGCUGCUCACCAAGAAGAAAUACGAUCGCGCCGUGAAAUGUCUGAAAUGGGUGGCUAAGUUCAAUGGGCGACAGGUGGAGGACUCUGUGUUCUACGAGUUCGUCAAGCACUACAGCGAAAAGAUAACCGAGCAUCAGAAACUGACAACCUAUGAGGACACAUUCAUGGGAAUGUUCAGAACACCGUAUCUCCGACGCUGCACACUCUCCUUGCUAUUCAAAUCUGUCAUAAUCACACUCUCCUACGAUGUAAUAAACCGCAACAUGGAAGGCCUUGGAACCUCACCAUUUAAACUAUUCUCUUACACGUCAAUCAACUAUUUACCAGCCGGCUGUACUAUUCUCCUGCUCCAAAACAAUAUCGGCCGGAAGGGCAUGGCCUGUGGUGCGUUGAUGGUGGGGGGCAUUAUCACCACAGUUACAGGCUUUCUAAUUGCCUUCAUGGACCCUAAGGAGAAUGCUCUUCUGCUGGCUAUUAUGAUCGGACUGGGCCGCUAUGGCGUCACGGUGUCCUAUGAUGCUGAGAUUCAAUAUGCCGCCGAGAUAAUACCAACCAGCGUGAGAGGGCGUGCCCUCUCCAAUAUACAUGUCGUAGGCCUGGCCUCCAACUCGCUGGUGUUCUAUGUGAUCUACUUGGCCAAGUUCUAUAAGCCAUUGCCAUCCAUCUUCAUAAGCUGUUUAAUGUUCCUUGGAGCUGGCUUGUGUCUUACUCUUCCGGAAACUUUGAACCAAAAGCUGCCGGAAAAUCUCGCCGAAGCGGAAAGUUUUGUUAAGAAUCAGCCUAGCCUUUACUUUCCAUGGUUUCGCAAAUGUGAAACAAGUUCGCCAAUUACAGUUUAAAGCUUCUAAGUUUGCAUUUAAAAUAAGUAGUUAAAUGUGGUGGACUAAGAAAUAAUAAUUUCAAAUUUGAAAUUUGUUUUGCAGCGUGCGAGGAACAUGCAUACUGUGUAUGCAUUGUGUGCUAAAAGACGACUUGUAAUUUGCAUAAAUCUUUUAGUUGACAAAUACUAAGGAUAAACUGAUAAGCUUUAAUAUUUGUUUUAAAUAUUAACGACCUUCCUCAGGAUAUUAUCAUGUAUUAUAUAUCAUGUCAAAUUAAAUUCCAUAGCUUAUAUUCAAAACUGCUUUAUUAAUGUUUCUUAAGAACUCCCACCUUUGAUUGCUUUAUUACCGUAAUUAUUAUUAUUACCUAAUACAACACUUUCUGCUUAAUUUUCAUAAUAUUUUCUGACACCUCCCACUAACAUCAACAUCCACUUUUUUCGACAACUUAAGGCAAACUAUCGAGCUAAAAAAGAGACUCCCGACGUAUAUCGAUUGAAUAGGUAAAAUUCCUUUAAAGUAUACAAAAUAACGAUUAAAAUCUGAAGAGUUGUAACGCUGCCAUAACUUAUAUGUCUGUGUAUAUACAUCCAACUUAUAUACGAAACGAAACUUUAUAUAGUUGUAAGCU